AAAUAUUAUUUUCUCCAUUUAAUAUCACUAGUUAAAAAAAUAAAUAAGCAUAAUUUAUUAUAUAUUUCAAGAGCUUAAAAAAUAUUUAAGUUUAUUGCACAUUUUUUCGGAAACAUUCAAUAUUUCGAUUCCGUUUUGGUGUAUUACAAAUAUUUUUCUAAUAUUAUAUUGCUUAAUAAUUAUUUUCUCAAAUUUUGAUAUUUUUCUCUUCAACAUUUUAAAUUCUCAUAAUAUAUUACUUACGUACAUAUUCUUUACAUGUAAACUGUAUUAAUUAUUCUAUAUUAUUUCUUGUGUAUUAAUCAUAAUACAAUCCCCUCUUUUCAUCAUAAAAACAAAUUCUUUGCAAAAAUACAAAUAUAUAUACUUGCAUUUUGAUUUUUAUAAAGAGUUUGAAAGGAAGAAGAAAUAACGAAUUCCGAACACGGAAAUCAAUUUGUCCGGUUCAAUUAUGCGAAACGCAGUAGUUGGAUGAUCUGAUUAAGGGAGGUCGAGCAGUAAAUUUCUAAUACUAAGAAGAGGUCAAUUCGUGACUAUCUUCUCAACUCAGAUUGUAAUAUCAAGACAAGUACGAAGUCGACUUAUCUACAUUUAAAUAACUAAGAAGAAGCCAUACAUAUCUAUAAUGGAAUAUAAUUCGCCACCAUGACUGUAUACUUGCAACCACCGAAGACAACUUUUGCAGGGCGUUUUAUUCAUCAAUUACAACCCUGCAUCCUAAGCCGAUGUUAGGGGUUCUUGGCCUGUAGAUGAACGUAAAGCGCAGUAGGUUACUGACACGAGGAGUUGUUAACAUCAGUAUUGCUCAUACAAGUGUUAGUUUCUUAAAUGCGAUAGACAUGUAUAAAUUGAAGUCACAACAUGAGAAGAGUUUGCCAAAUCUUUCUUCAAAGGAUAUGAGAAUUAUGAAAAUGUAUCACUACCUUAUCGACGAAAUUUCGGAUCCUAGAAUUUCUGACUGGCCCUUAAUGUCAAAUCCGUUUGGUAUAGUAUUGAUUUCACUCGCUUAUUUAUCUUUUGUGCUUUAUUUCGGACCGCUUUAUAUGAAAAACAGAAAAUCUCACGAGCUCAUUAAAACUAUGAUAUGUUAUAAUAUUUUUGUCGCAACUACAAACGCUAUUAUAUUCUAUGGUAUACUCACGUCUGGUUAUACAACACAUCUUUCUGCAGGAUGUGAGCCCUUUGUGAUUUCAGAUGAUUCUAUGUCGCUUAGCAUGGCUCGAUGGGUAUGGUGGAUUUUAAUUCUGAAAAUUAUCGAGCUCACAGAUACUGUCAUUUUUAUUCUCAGAAAAAAAUAUAACCAAAUUUCAUUUCUUCAUGUAUAUCAUCACACAGCGACUCUCUUUUUAGCGUGGAUUUCUUGUAAAUAUGCACCUGGUGGCAUGUGGACCUUUAUAAUGAUGCCUAAUUGCGCAAUACACGUAAUUAUGUACACAUAUUAUCUUUGUGCUUGUUUGGGACCAAAAAUGCAGAAGACAAUAACUCCUUGGAAAAAAUAUAUAACUCGUUUGCAACUGAUACAAUUUGCUAUUAUGAUGGUCCAUACAUUCCAAGCGCUUCUACCGUCUUGCGAACCAACGCGGAAACCAUUAGCAUACAUUUACAUGUCUCAAAUUGUUCUCAUGUUCUAUAUGUUCUUAGACUAUUAUAGAAAAUCGUACUUGCGAAAAAAACUGGAGUAAAUAUUAAAAGUAUAAUAUCUUAUGAUAAUGUAAUAAUAAUUAUAGCGCAAAAAUCGACAUAGAAGAUUCGAUGCAUUCGCAUUCGAUUUAAACAAAUAAUUUAAUUAUAUAAAUAAACAAAUAAAGCUUCUCUCAUAUGUAUAUAUAGAUUAAUUUAGUUUGACAAAUAGGAAUGCACGGAAAUUCUGCAUAAUUUGUAAUAAUCACUACUCUAGUUAGAUUAAAUGAAAAUAGUAAAAUUUUACGAGUUGUGGAAAAUAUGCGUGAUUGUACGCCAAGAAAUUCAACUUUUUAUAGUAAAAAUAUAUUAAUUUAUUUCUUUUAUGCACUGGAAAUUAUAUUUCUUUCAAUACUGUAUAACUGAUUUAAUCUGCACUAGUAUUGUAUGUAAACAUUAUAAUUUUAUACACUUUUAUUCUGCAGAUAUUACAUUUUUAAAGAAAUUUCGAAAUUUUGCAUAAUUCUAUUUACCGCAGUAUUUUAUUUAAUAAAUAAUAAUCAAGUUAGUAUUUUUUAAACAAUAAUUUGUACCGCCCUUAUCAUUUUUGACAUGCGAGAAUUGAAGAUUGAAAAGAUAAGGGGGACAUCACGAGGGCAGAAUCAAAUAUUCGAGUAGGAAAAAAAGAUUUAUAAAAGGUAUGCAUAGAAUACAGAGGCACAGAUAUACAUACACACACAAGUCAGUACGAGAUGAGAUACGUUACGCUGUACGUAAUGCUCCUGCGUUACGUCAGCUCGGAUUUUAUUCGCAAGGCUAUCUGCCAUCGAAUCUUUUUCUCCUUUCCGAUUUGCUGCGCAUUAUACAAUGUUCCGGAUUACACCGUCGUGUCCAUGUCGUAAAUAUGAUAUGCCGAAUCCCCAACGUUGAAUUCGCUUGUCUUUUUUUCCCGUUUUCAUUCCUUCCUGUACAGUCCAUUCUUUCGUGCUGUACACAAGUAUAUCUGCCAUCAGAAACGGAAGGUAUUUCGAGUAAGCUACCGCGCAAAUGAGAUACGACGAAACAUGCUUGGGAAAGCUUUAAUUCUUGUUGCCGUUUCUGAAAGCAGUUAUUUAAACAUUUCGUACGCGAUUACUUCUACGUCAUAGCUGCGAGCUUGAAUACGCGCGGGUCUUUCGGAGUUAUCUUAUACCACAAUCCCACUGUCCCCAUAUGUGUAGUCAAGUAUACGUGUACGUCGUCCUAUGCAGAUACGCGUGCCAGGGAAGACUGCAUUACCUUACUCGACUGUUUCCCCGGCCGACUGACAUUAGCAUAGCGGAUUAGUGUGUCCAUAGCUUUAAGUCGACACGCAUGGCCUAACGCCGAUAAGACUUUAUUAACAUCGCCUGUAUUUAUCCCAUGCCUCAAGCUGCGACCCCUUUCUGCAUAGCACGUCUUUCCCUCUAUAGGUUCUCGCUGUAUAUGCGAUAGGCUAAUCGUUUCACCGGGGGCAUUAGCUCUAUGUAUAACAUUUAACAUAUACUAUUAGCACAUACUGUACUUUUUAUAUUUAAUAUAUUUAUUUUUUUCUAUAUGAGUA